AUGGUAAAAUCAUAUUUAGAUAUAUCAGGUGAACAAAACGAUUUGUCUGCAUCGAUCUAUGCAUUCUUUGAUAAGGAUAGAUACUUUUUCGAAUGUGGAGAGGCUGCUCAGCGUGUCUAUAAAGAGAGAUCGAGCAUAAAGAUAGGUAAGAUCAAGACUAUCUUUUUGACAACACUAUCGUGGGACUCGAUUGGUGGUCUCAUUGGUGUCUUUUACCUGUUGGCCGGUAUCGAAGAUUGCAAAGAGGUAGAUAUCUACGGUCCACCAGGUCUCUACAAUGUAUUCUAUCAUUCAAGAGAAUUCUUAAAUAUUGAACUUAAAGUUAAUAUCUAUGAGAUGAAUAGUAGAAUUCCACAGGUUCUGAAAUUGGAACAGUUAACUGUUACAACUAUUCCAAUUACCAAUAAAAAGUAUGAAAGUAUGGAUGAUCAAGAUCAACAACCAUUUAGAAUGAUUAGUUAUCAUAAUUAUUUACAGUUGGAGGAAUGGGAAGCUCUGAUGGCUGCCACUUGUCAGCAGAGAAAAACAAUGUAUGUAAAUGUGAAGGAGAUUCAAGAGGAUAGACUGGUUGUUGACAAGGAUCUGGUGAUGUGUUAUGUUGGAGAAACCAAUAAACUGCCUGGUCGUUUCUAUCCGGAUCGUGCACUGGCACUCGGUGUUACAAAAGGACCAAUGUUUCAAGCUUUAACAAGUGGGAAGUCGGUGGUUACCAAAGAUGGUAACACAGUGACCUCUGAACAAGUCAUGGAUCCACAGCAGCCGGGUACCAAGUUUGCAAUUAUUCGUUGUCCAUCCAUAGAGUAUUUAGAUUCUUUGACGACUAGCUCAUAUUUUGGCAAACAAGACAAUAUCGAUGAUAUACAAAUCGUGGUUCAUUUGACACCGUCCGAUGUGUUGGAGUCAGAGCGAUAUCAGCAAUUCAUUAAACAAUUCAAAUGUGAUACAACCAAACAUAUUAUUGUCAACAAUGAAAACUGUGAGAACUACGAUCAGUUGUUGUCUUCGGAUAAGGAGAUCGAGAAGAUGAGACAUUUCCUCCCGAGUAUCUUUGGAAAGAGAUGUCCAGAGCGACAGGUAAAGCAGUUGAGUAUCGUAGAGAGCGUUCAACACCUGACUUGCUGUCAGAAGAUGACUAGAGUUGGUUUGGCACCGCCAGCAUGUGCCGGUGAGAUCUCUUUUGUCAAGAUGGAGGACGAGGUUUCCGAAGACAAGAAAGAAGCAAAACUCUACGAAGAAUUGAUGAAAUCUGAAAAAGCAGCUUCACUUCGUCAGUUGAUUGUCGAUACCAACGCACAGCUCGAAUCACUGGAGAACAAGAAACUCUAUCCAAAAGUACUGUUCACUGGUACUGGUGCUAGCAAGCCAUCGAAAGAGAGAAAUGUAACUGGACACCUGGUGGAAACGAUUCAGGGUAAAUACAUGUUGUUGGAUUGCGGUGAAGGUACAUACGGUCAGCUUAUGAGAUUCUUUGGAAAGGAGAAAGUCACAGAGAUUCUGAAAAAUCUCGAUCUAAUUUGGAUAUCACAUAACCAUGCCGAUCAUCAUCUUGGAACACCUCUCAUGAUCGAGCGUAUCAAUCAAGUUCGUAAAGGAUUGAAUCUGCCGGCAGUUGUAUUGAUCGCACCCUCUGAAAUCGUAGAUUGGUUACAGGGAUUGACACAAGUUCUUCAUGCAACUCAUAAUGGUUUUGAAUUUGACAAACAAGAUCGACUUGUAGAUGAAUGUUUUGUUAGAUUAGGUAUAAAAUCGUGGGUCAAUGCACACGUUGAUCAUUGUGAGAAUGCAAGAGGUGCAGUCGUUGAAUUUGUAGAUGAUGGUUUCAAGCUGUCAUAUUCCGGUGACACAAGACCAUGUGAAAAUUUCAUUACCUCCGGUCAUGGUUCCGAUUUGAUGAUUCACGAAGCAACCUUUGAAGAUGACUUACAGGGUGAUGCGAUCGAUAAGAAACACUCUACCAUUGGUGAAGCACUUACAGUUGGACAAAAGAUGCAAGCAAAGACCUCGAUUUGCACGCAUUUCAGUCAGAAAACCAAGUGUCUCAAUAACAUAGGUAGCUCCGUUGUAAAACCCGAUAGCUAUGGAAUGUCAUUCGAUUUCCUCUAUGUUUCACCCUAUCAAUAUCCGCUAUUCAAGAAUCUUUUACAACUCAUAGAUCUAGAAGAAGAGUUAAAAUUACAUAUUAAAUAA